AUGCCUGACCCACCUCCAAAGGGUAAGGGUAUUGCAGUAUCUGAUCCAGAGCCGAUCGAUGAGAAAGUUGUCACGGCUCUGGUAAAGGAUGAGGCCCAAGUCAAUGGCAACGAGUUAUUUGCUGAAAAUGACCGUGGCUCUGAAGAUCUUGUGAUUGUCACUGGAGCUGAUGUGGCUGCUCAUCUUUUGCCUUUGCGCGAUGACUUGGACCCUACUUUGACAUUUCGCGCUGCUAUCCUGGGAUCCGGCCUCGCGGCCUUUCUGGCUGUCAUGACCCAGAUCUACAGUUUCAAACCAACCCAAGUCAAUGUCUCAGGCGUUUUCCUUGUUCUUGUUUCCUACUUUUUCGGUACCACCUGGGCCAGAUUCCUCCCCCGAGGUGACAAGUUUGAGGCGAGAUGGAGGGCACGAGGUGAGCAGGGCAGACUGCCUUGGUGGAUUACUGUCAUCAAGUUUGUGAAUCCUGGGCCUUUCGGUCUCAAGGAGCAUUCGAUCUGUGUGAUCACUGCUACAGCAGCCGGGUACGUCACGGAUGCGACGACUGUAUUCGCGGCACAAAAGUUGUUCUACAAUCUUCCUUUGAGUCCCGCAACGGUCAUUCUCGGCAUUAUCUCUAUCGGCCUCUUUGGAUGUGGCCUCUGUGGGUUCAUGCGGCCUUUUGCUGUCUGGGAUGUCGAGGCUGUCUACUGGGGUACGCUGCCUGUUGUGAAAUCCAUCCAAGGGCUUCACUGGGACACGGUCGAAAACUCCAAGCCACUGAAAUACUUCUGGUAUGCCUUCACGGGUAUGUCUCUUUACGAGAUAUUUCCCGCAUACAUCUUUCCAUGGCUCAACUCCGUGUCUAUUCCGUGUCUGGCUUCACAAAAAGCAACUGGUAAGAAGGGUGCCAUACUCACCAACAUUUUCGGUGGUGCCACUUCUAACGAAGGCCUCGGUCUCUUCUCUUUGUCCUUCGACUGGCAAUAUAUCGGGUCAAUUUCAACUGCUAUUCCUCUAAAGCUGAUACUUCAUACCACCCUGGGAGCUGGCAUCAGCGCCAUGAUAAUGAUUGGCAUCUAUUACGGAAAUGGCUGGGGCUCGAGAUCACUGCCUUUUAUGGCGAGUAACCUUCUUAUGGCCAAUGGAACAACUUAUCCCGUGAAAGAGGUGUUUCCUGGUGGCUUGCUCGACAAAUCAGUCAUUGAAAAAUAUGGAUUGCCUCAGAUCACCGGGGCCUUUGCAUUUGGUCUGUUCACGGCCAAUGCCGCAAUUGGCGCCCUCAUUCUCCACUGUAUCCUUUUCUGGGGCAAGGGCAUUUGGAGGGUAUGUCAACAAGCAAGGGAAGGUAAGCAUAAUGACCCACACCACACCUACAUGGCAAAGCACUAUAAGGACACUCCGUGGUGGUGCUUCGCUGGCAUUCUCGUCGUCAGCUUUGUCCUUGGCCUUGUAGUGGUGAUCAAAGAGAAUAUCACUCUUCCAGCCUGGGCAUACGUUGUCUCGCUAGCACUAGGAGUUUUCAUUACGCCUUUUAGCACUAUCCUCUUCGCUCGCUUCGGCAACGGCAUUGCCACUAACAACCUGUCGAAAAUGCUGGCUGGGCUCAUGCUUCCCGGACGCCCAGUCGGUAACAUGUAUUUCGCUGCUUGGUCGCACAAUAUUGUCAUGUCUUCCGUCUCCGUGUCCAACGACCUAAAGUUCGGCGAAUACAUGAAAAUACCCCCGAGGAUCAUGCUUUGGACCCAAAUGUAUGGCAUCAUACUUGGCGGAUUCAUUAACUAUGCUAUCUUGACUUCCGUCAUUUCAGCCAACAGGGACCUUCUUGCCGAGGGUAACGGAAACUCCUCCUGGAGUGGUGCGACCAUGCAGGCUUUCAACACUAAGGCAGCCUCCUGGGCCUUGGCCCCUUACUUGUACAAGCUCGGUGCCAAGUAUGAGGUGAUUCCUAUUGCCGUAGCCGUUGGUGCUGCUGCAGUAAUUGUUCAUCGGGUUUUCUAUCAGUUCGUUCCCAAAAUCGGACGGUUUGAUGUUUCAGAAGUGAACCUACCACAACUCAUCCAGUAUGCCGGUUCUUAUACAUCCCAGACACAAACCUGCACUGUUCUCAGUGGGCUACUCUGUGGCUUGUUUACCCAAGGCUACCUUCGGAACUACCACCCACGCAUUUACAAAGAUUACUCAUACGUUAUUGCUGGGGCCUUCGACGCCGGAAGUCUGUUGGUUAUCUUCAUUCUCUCUUUCGCCGUCUACGGAGCGGGUGGGCCAUCCCAUCCAUUCCCAACGUGGUGGGGAAACAACCAAAAUGGACACCUUGACUGGUGUCCUGUUUCGAAGAAAUGA